UCCGUAUUCUACGUGUGGCAAGACUUAACGUCGUGUUGGCUGAUCGUAACGCGUAGGAGGUUGAAGUAGAGGUCAUACUUAUCUUUGGGAUCAGCCUGGUGGCGCGAUCAAUUACCGUGUCAGUGUGCGUGCCGCCCGUGUUCGCGUGCCGCCCGUGUUCGCGUGCCGCCCGUUUACCAUAAGCUACACCUACACUUCAACACAUUGCAAUACAACAACCAUUGCCUAGAAUGGAUGAUGAAAUCAGGCAGAUUAAUAAUUUGAACCCAGGAAACAAACUUUGCUACCAGAAAACUGCUACCAAUUGUGGUGUUGAUUGCAUAACUCUACUGUGGCAUCACCAAUGUGUUCAGAUGGAUCAGAAGACCAAGAACUUCAACCAGCUCAAAGCCAACCCACAACAAGAGGAGGAGCUUGUACAGUACGUUAUAAGCCUUACUGAGCAUCACUUUCCACCAACAAGAGAGAUGAUCAAGAAUCUUGUAUGUGGAAUAGACAAAGUUGAUGUCUCUAAGACAUGUGUCAUCCUGACAUGGCUUGCAGUCAACAACAACCAUCUUAGUCUUUUUAAGGCUCCCAUCAACCUGCCAUUUGUCAGCUUGCAUCAUCAUUUGCAUCAUCACCUUGUACCCUACUUUAACUAGCUGUCAG